AUGCAAAGUGUAAAAAAUUUGCUAAUUUGGAUUAUUUUCAUGGGUGUAACUUACAGCAUUGCCGCGGUGCCAAGUGAGGAAUUCAACUAUGAACAGCUACCACCGCUAUAUGCCACAGCAGACUACCGAGAUUGUCUGCAACAACCCUCGAGCUCAUAUUGUUGGGUUUAUGCUGAAAUUCAAGCGGAUAAUUCAUCUCCACUGUGGCAUUAUCUAUGGAAUCAUUCAAAUUCCAAUGCUUAUCAUUAUCGCCAUGAUCAAGUGUAUCGCGGAAUUUGCACAUCCCAAUGUAACAAUGGAGGUGUUGAGGUUACAAUGGCAGGCGACAAGUUGUUGGGGAGCGAUAUUGUACCUGACGCUAAGUAUCGCAGUGUUUGUACUUCCCCAUGUAUCAAUGGAAACUAUGAGGAUCCUGUGGCCGGCGACAGGUUGUUGGAUAGCAAAAUUGUACAAAUGGCCCAGAGACUGCAUGAAAUUUCGAGAAAUCAAAAAACUGUUGUAGAUAAUGGAGAUAACAUCCAACAGUGUGUUAAUUCCGAGUUUCGGCAAAGAUAUAAUCUAAGUGUAAAGACUUUUACGACAUACUGUGAGAAUCCGAAGGAACCACUGGAAAAAGCCCACCACAAUCUCUGUUCUUUUUCGCUGUAUCGUAAUUAUCGUCGUCUUGUGAUACCGAAUCACAGUCCAAUGGGUAGAGAUCUUCAAUUUGUCGAUUGUUUUCGAACAAUUCUCUCACUGGUGAUUGUCGGUGAACACACGACUUAUACACAAUUUAUGCCAACAAAAAAUCCUGAAUUAUUUGAACAAAUGUAUUCGAAUCCUUUUACCCUUAUCAUUGUCCAUAUAAUAGUAUGCAUCGAGCUAUUUUUCAUGUUGAGCGGUCUGAUGUUGUGUUUGAAAUUUAAAAAAGGUGAAUUUAUAACACCGCAAAGUUCGAUCAAAGAGUGUUUAAUCGUAUUCCUACGUCUUUUGAUCUCAAGAUAUUUAAGAUACAUGCCAUCGCUCCUUUUGCCAAUUUUGUUGACAUCGAAUGUUAUGUUAUAUGUCCAGCAAGGACCAUUCUGGAGGCAUGUCAUGGAACCAAAUGUUGUUCUGUGCCGCAGUGAGUGGUGGUCAAAUCUUUUGAUGACCGCUAAUUUGGGCAUAAAUAAUUGUUUGGAAAUAAAUUUUUGUUUCUUUUUUUUUAGAUAUCCGAAAUACAAAAUCCCCUUAUAUACAGUAAUUGGAACUGUGGGAGCUCUUCUUCCGACAAUAGUUGGUUACAUAAAGAAACUACCAUCCAUUGGUACAUUGACUGUGGAAAGUUAUCGUCACAUCUUUUUGCAAGGGGUUGAGACGGGAGAAUAUCUCUACCUUAGCACGUAUUCCAAUCUGAAUGGCUUCUUUGUUGGUCUAAUCUGUGGCGAAAUAUAUUUGAAGUAUUUACAACAUGAUUCGUAUAAAAAAUUAAUUGAAAGUCGUAUUAAAUACUUUAUACCACUUGGAUGGCCGAUUAUUCCGGCCAUUUGGUAUUUGGGUUCAAAACUCCUGUUUCAAGAGCCAUCAAUAUGGACAGCAUUAUAUGGUAUUUUACAUCGACCCUUGUCGUUGGUAAUUAUGGCCAUAAUUGCUGUAAUAUACAAUAUGUGUGGACAGAUGUAUGGUGGAAUACCUAAUUGGCCCGUAUUUCGUCCUCUGGCAAGAAUAUCAUAUCAAGUUUAUCUGUGGCAUUUCAUUAUACUGGUUGUACUGCUUGGCAGUUCUGAUAAGCUCAUUGAGAUAUCAGCAAUGUAUGAGGUUUUAUUAUAUUUUAAGGUCUAUAUAUUGGCUGUUAUUGUUUCCUUUUUCAUCGCCAUAAUGCUGGAAUAUCCGAUGGCUGAGCUAUUAAAAGUAUUCGAGUUGAAAAAAAAAUCAAAAAUGAAUAAAACUUCAUGACUACAAUAUUUGUAAUGUUUAAAUUUAAUUGUUAUUGUAUUAAGUUGUU